CAAUAGCUUUUCAGACUCAUUAAACUGCCCAUACAUUUAUAGAUUUCUUUUGAAUUGGUACUACCAAAUACAUCUCUAAUGGCUUCCACUGUUACCUCUAAUAAAGAAAUAGUCACAGAGAUCCUUCCAUUCGUUAGGGUCUACAAAGACGGCACCGUAGAACGCCUGACUGAAUCUCCGUUCGUGCCACCGUCGCCUUACAAUCAACACGACCCAGAGACCGGAGUUCCAGUCUCCUCGAAGGACAUUUUAAUCUCUCGCGAACCCACCAUUGGAGCUCGCUUGUUCCUCCCAAACCUCCCUCCAAACCACAACCAAACUACGAAGGAGAAGCUCCCCAUCUUGGUCUACUUUCACGGCGGAGGCUUCUUCUUCGAGUCAGCCUUCUCCGCUGACCACCACCAGUUUCUCAACAGCUUAGUCUCUGAAGCCAAAGUCAUCGCUGUCUCGGUCGAGUACCGGCUAGCACCAGAACACCAUCUUCCAAUCGCCUAUGAAGAUUGCUGGAUUGCCCUCCAAAGAGUGGCUUCUCUUUCGUCUACACAACAUAAGAAUAAUGAUAUCUUUGAGGAGCCUUGGUUGACUGAUCAUGGCGACUUUGGACGCAUUUUUCUUGGAGGGGACAGUGCGGGAGCUAAUAUUGCUCAUAACAUUGCUAUGAGAGUUGGCAAAGAAGGGUUGCAAAAUGGGGUGAAGGUGUUAGGAGCUUUUCUUACUCAUCCUCUCUUCUGGGGUAGCUCCGAAGAAGACCGAGAUGAGAAGACGAUGAGUUUGAUUAAUGUGGUUUGGAACUUUGUGUACCCUUCUGCACCGUGUGGUAUAGAUAAUCCGAUGAUGAAUCCGGAGGGACCGGAAUCGCCGAGCUUGGCCGGAAUAGGGUGUUCGAGGCUGCUUGUUAGUGUGGCUGAGAAAGAUGUUCUGAGAGAAAGAGGGAUAAGAUAUUAUGAGGCUGUGAGAGAGAGUGGAUGGAAUGGAGAGAUUGAGCUGGUUGAUGUUGAGGGUGAAGAUCAUGCGUUUCAGAUUUUGCAUGGGGAUACUUACAACUCCAAGAAUCUCGUCAAACGUUUGGCUCGGUUUCUACUCAAAUGAAUCGAUCCUAUAAUAGUAAGUAAAAAAAUAAUAUGUAUACAUAUGUGUGUAUUAUCAUGAACCAAGUCAUGGUGGAAUUUUCAGACUUAAAAGGACAUUAACAGAGUUAAUGACCCAUGUCCACCACUCAGAUAAUUUGCUCGAUCAUUAUUGACAGCCGAUGAAUAAACUUUAAGAAAAAAUAAAUAAACAUGUUUUACUUACAACCCAAACUACAAUAGUGUUGGAUAAUGAACUUUAUGGUUUAAGGAAAUAUGUAAUUUAUCUUUACUUGUAGAUUUAAAUUAGAUAUAUUUACGGAAAAAAUUGUAAAAGUUGCACUUCAAUAGUUAAGUAUUUUAUUAUAUUUGUUUUACAGCAAAA